AUGAUAUCGGAUUUGAGGUUGAAGCUGGCGCAGACCGAAGAGGACAUCAGCUGCCCUGCGAUAUAUCGUUUAAGGGCAAAACUGCGUGAUCUUAUGAAAGGUGAAGCGGCUGAACAACAGAUUUCCAAAGUUGUGGAGAAAUCGAUUGAAACCUUGGUGGAUCUUUCCAAGAACUGCGAUGAUCUGCGUUUGGAAAACGAACGUCUUCUUGCACAAGUGACAGAUUUGCGCAGUGCAUUGGUUGAUCUCGAAGGAAAGAAAACGCCAGAAACGAUAUUGCAAACGGCCGAAACAACCACAGUGCCGGAGUAUAUUGACAUUUCAGAUUUAUUGCAUAAGCUGAACAACUGCGAGGAUAUCGUGGCUGAUCUAAGAAAGCAGUUAGAAGAAAGGGACGAGCAAAUCGAUGCACUGAACAAAGAACUGGAAUCGAUGAUCAGCCAAAAAGGUUUAGAGGAACAGAUAGAAGCCAUGAAAGAGGAACUUAGGAGGAAAGAUGACAAGAUCGCAGGACUGCUGAACAACCUAAGACAAUCAGAAAUAGACUUAUUGGGGUUAUCUUCUCUGAAAUCCGAAGUGGAGAACCUGAAAUCAGAGUUACAUGAUCUCAAAUCAGAGAAAACUGAAUUACUGAACGAACUAAACAAACUGCGAGAAGCACUGAAGGAUAGAGACGAUCAGAUAAUAGAUUUACUAGAGCAGAGGAACAACUUGGAGAAGGAGUACAAGAAUAAGACGGCAGAAUUACAGUCAAAACUCGAUGAGGCAAAUGACGAGAUCGAUGAUUUGAAAGCUGAGAUAACCAAACUGAAGAAUGAGUUGGAAGAGUGCAAGACGCUAAACGCGAAGCUGGAACAGUGCUGUCUGGAUAAAAACGCACUUUCGGAAAAGCUACACGGCUUCGAAGAGGCCAGGACCGCAUUGGAGAAGGAACUGGAGAGAGACCGAGAUGAGAUUGAAUUGUUACAGAGGGAGAUUUUCGAUCUGAAAGAUCAGAUCGAUGCCGAAAGGAAGGAGAACGACGAGCUUCGCGAAACGUUAGAAGCAUCGGUCGGCGAGAGGGAAAAGUUGAGGGCUCGGUUAGAGCAGUUGGAGAGCGAGAACGAUGAUCUGAUGAAAAGGAUGAAGGAGCUAGACAAUUUGAAUUACCAGCUAAGGAACGACUACGAUAGCAUGAAGCAGGCUUUGGACAAUUUGCAAGCAGAGAUCAACAAACUGGAGGAUGAAUUGGCCAAGGCGAAGCAAGAACGCGAUGCAUUGUUGAACGAGAAUAAUGGUAUCAAAAAGCAGCUGGAACAAGCGAUGGCGGAGAACGAGAGUCUGGUAGCCAAAUUGGACGAAACUGGUAAAGAACUUAAUAAACUGAAACUACAGAAGGAUGAGCUACAGAAGAGCCUCGAUGGGAUCAAUCUUGAGAACGAUUCACUGAAACGAGAUAUGAAAGCGUUAAGGGAUGACCUUGAGGAUUCCAGAAGGCAAGCGGAGGAACUAAAAGCCGCUGGUGACGCGUUAAAAGCGACGGAUAAGGAUAAGGUACUUGAACUUGCAAAGCUGCAAGAACAAGUAGAGAACUGCAAGUUCGAAAAGAAUCGCUUAACGAAGGAAAAUGAUGAUUUGAAAUCUAAAAUAAUAGAAUUACAAGGAAAGCUGGAGGAGAUGGAUAAGUUAAAGGGAAGAAAUACAGAUUUACUGGCUGAAGUAGAUCUUCUGACAAAAGAAUUAGAAAAAGCGUUGGAGGACAUUGAUCAAUUGAAAUCCGAAAUAGGUUCCUUGAAGGAUGGACUCGAUAGUUGUGUGGGCGAGAUGCAAAAGCUGAGAAUCGAAAAUGGCGACCUCAAAAAACAGAACGAAACCUUGAAGUCUGAGAUGCAAGCAAUUACCGAUCACUUAAUGAAAGACAAUGACGAUUUAAAAGCAGAAAUCUCAGAAUUGGAAGAAAAGUUAAGUGAAUUGGAUAAAAUGAAACUAGAAAAUGUUGAUUUGCUUGAUGAAGUAGAUCGUUUGAAACAGGAAUUGGCAAAAGCCUGGGAAGAAGUUGAUCGAUUGAAAUCCGAAGUAACAUCUCUGAAAAACGCACUCGAUAAGUGCGUGGACGAGAUGGAAAAGCUGAGAACUGAGAGCGACCAGCUUAAAUUGGAGAAUCAAGCAUUCAAGUCUGAUAUUCACGGACUUGAUGAUCGCUUAACGAAAGAAAUCGCCAAUCUGAAAGCAAAAAACGCGGAAUUGGAAGAAAAAUUAGUGGCAUUCGAUAAAUUGAAGUCGGAAAAUGAGGAUUUACUUGGUGAAGUUGAUCGUUUGAGACAUGAAUUGGAAAAAGCCCUAGAGGAUAUGGAUCAAUUGAAAUCUGAGAUAGGUUCUUUGAAAAACGGACUGGAUAAAUGUGUUGGCGAGAUGGAUCAGCUGAGAACUGAAAACAGCGGUUUGAAGUCUGAAAUUCAGGGAAUGAGGGGCGAAGGGGACAGUUUGUCGGCGGAGUUAAAUAAUCUGAAGAAUGAGAAUUCUCUUUUGAAAGGCGAAAGAGAUCGAUUGAGCAAGCAAUUGAGCGACUGUAAGAUGGAAAACGAAAAAUUCAGAGUGGAGAAGGAUCAUCUGGAAGCUGAAAAUGAGAAGCUGAAAGGAGAGAUAAACUCGUGCAAGGAAGAGAAUGACAAAUUAAAGGACGAACUUGGAAUAUCACGGGAACAAUUGCAAUCAUCGAACGACGAAUUGAAUAAAUUAAAGGCUAAUCUCGACAGAGCCGAGGAGAAAAUUCGGUCUCUGGAGCCGCUGAUCUCCCGUUUGCAUAGUGAAAAUGAUAAAUUGCGGGACGAUUUGACGAGUUUGGAGAACGAGGCCAACGAUUUCAAAGCAAAAUUGGCUAGAGAAACGGCUGACAAUGAAAAGAUACAGAACGAUCUGAAGAUACUGGAGGAUCAGGUGCACGAUCUAAGUAAGAACCUGGCCAAUGCUAGGACAGAAAAUGACACUUUGAAACAGGAAAAUCAAGGUCUAAAAGCCAAGUUAUUGGAUAUGGAUCAUGAUCUAUCGAAUUUGAAAUCGGAAUGUGCGGAUCUGAAACGAGAGAUUGCUGAUCUGAAGAAAUUAAUCGAUGAAUUAAAAGAAAAAAUUGCUAAACUGGAAGCAAACAUAGAUCAUUGGAAAAUGGAGAACUGCAAACUUCAGUUGGACAUUGAUAAAUCGAAAGCUGAUCUUGAGAAAGCCUUGAAAGAUUUGCUCGAAUGCCAGGCUUCGAAGAAAGCACUAGAAGCAGAGAUGUACCGUUUCAAGAUUGAGAAAGGCGAGCUUGACAAGAAGCUUGUCGAUUUAACUUCUCAACUCGAGCAACAGGAAAAAGCAUUCGAAGCAGAAAAAUCGGCCAGAAAUAAGGGUGAUUCAGAAAUUGCGGCCUUGAAGGAGGAACUGGAUGCCUUGAAAAAGGAACUAGGUAAAUUGAGAGCUGACAACAACAGAUACAGAAACGAAAUAGACGACCUAGGAAGACAGCUUGCGGUAACAAAAAAUGAACUGGAGAAGUGCAAAGAAGAGGUUUCUAUAUUAAGAGAUGCCAAUAACGCACUAAAGUCUCAAUUGGAUCUCUUGAAAAGUUUAAAGGACGAAUAUAAUACCUUGAUGGCUGAUUUAGAUUCUCUUAAAGAGGAGAACGUAAACCUUCUGCAAGAUAGGAAAAAUUUCGAAGACGAGUAUACUAGGCUGAAAGGAGAAGGCGAUGGACAGAAAGCAGAGAUCGAUAGAUUGAAAUCAAUCUUGAAUGCAGAGGUGGCAGCUGCGGAAAAAUUGAGGGCAGAUCUGCAAAUUUGCCAAACUGAGAACGAUAGGUUGCAAAAACAAUUAAACGAAGUGAAAAAUGAGUUGGAUGAACUGACAAAGGGAAACAAUCGUAUAAAGAACGAGAUCGAUAAGCUGAAGAAGGCGCUCGCGGACGCGGAAGCAAAGAUAAAGUUGCUGGAAAGUGAACUAUCCGAUUUGUUAGCCGAGAAAAAAGAACUGGUCAACGAACUCUAUCGUUUUCGCGAACAGCUAAACAAUCGUACAAACGAGCUAGAAGAACAGAUGGCCGCAAAAGAUGCGGCCAAGAAGGAAUUGGCCGACAUGAAGAAUGAGCUGACCGCUCUAAAAGCGGCGUUGGAUAAGGUUCGCAGCGAAAACGAUAAGCUGAGAAACGAGAACGAAAAGCUGAAUGUGGAAUUAACCAAGUUGAACGGGCAAUUAGAAACUCUGAAGGACGAUAAUACGAAGCUGGGAAACGAAAACGCGAAUCUGAAGAACGAAAACGCGAAUCUAAAGAAUGACAAUGCAAAGUUGGCGACGGAGUUAACUGGAACGAAAAACAAAUUGGCAGAAGCGGAGAAACAGCUAAACGAUCUAGAGAAAGAAAACGACGACUUGAAUAACAAAAUAGCCGAUCUCGAGAACACAGUGAACGAGCUCGAGUCUUUGAAGAAACAAUUAGAAGAUGCUAAAAAAGAACUGGAUAGGCUGAGGCCAGAGCUAGAUAGAUUGAAAUCAGAGAAUGCAGAACUGCAAAACAAUUUAAAUAACGCCAUAGAGGAAUCGAAUAGGUUAAGAAAUGAUUUGGACAAAUUAAAAAGCGAUUACGACAAAUUGAAGUCUGAAUUAGCUGACCUGAAGAAGGAGAGAGAUAGUCAGAAAGAACGGGACGCAGAAUUGGAGAAAGAAUUAGCCAAAAUAAAGAAAGAGAAUGCGAAUCUCAAGGGUGAGUUAGCCGAUUGUCAAACAGAGAACGAAAGAUUGCGUAAUGGAUUGACAGAUUUGAAGUCGCAAAAUGCAAAACUGCAGGACGAUUUAAACACGGCGAAGAACGAAGUGAAUAAAUUAAAAGCCGAUUUGGAUAAAUUGAAAAGCGAUUAUGGUGAAUUGCGGUCGGAAUUAGGUAAACUAAGGGAUGAGAAAAAUAGGCACAGAGAACGCGAUACUGCGCUAGCCAUGGAUCUGGAUAAAUUGAAGAAAGAGAAUGACGAGUUAAAAGAUGGAAAUGAGAAACUGAAAAGCCAGUUAUUCGAUUGCCAAGAGGAGAGGGAAAGGCUACGCAAGGAAUUGGGAAAGCUGAAAAGAGAAAAUGCAAAAUUGAAAGAAGUGAAAAAGGUGGAGCCCAAGGAAACGGAGAUGGACAAAGAUAUUUUGGAUGACUGCGGUGAUUUCAUAAAGGGGAAUGAAUUACUGGGGAAGAAAUUCAAAAAACAGAAUGAAGGUGUGCUGCGCAUUCGGAAUUAUAUUAGAUAUUUGGAAGGUAAAGCUACAGAACCGAAAAUGGCGGACAGGCCGGAAGAAGAACCAGAAAUUGAUCCAGUAUUAAAGAAAGACAUUGCAGAUUUGUUGAAGAAAUCUCAUGAUUUAUCUAAUGAUAUCUAUCAAACGGAACAGGAAAUAAAAAAUCUUGGAGCUAAACCUGGCGAGGGCAUUUUCGAUCCUGACAGCUGGCUGAACUCAUUGACAUUGACACAGUUAGCUGAGCUUCACGAUAAGAUUUGUCAGUUGACAUUGGACAUGGUGCACCAGGACAGUAGAGCGGUGCCGUGCGAUGGUUAUGAACCAGCGACUCCGUCAAAGGCGGAUUAUAAUAUUUUGAACCAGCGUAUAGCUGCUUUGCAGAAACAGAUAGCGGAAAAGCGAACGGAGGCAGAUUGGAAGCUUCAGGAGCUGAGGAGGGCUCUUCAAAACGAGCACGCUAACUUAAUUCGAAUCUCCGAUCAGAUGAACUUUGAGAGAAAACGCAAUUUGAACCUUCAGCAUAGCAUAGAUGAUUCACUGUAAUCCGGUUUUCCUUUAACCUCGUUCAUCGUUCGACGAUCGUUUUCUCCAAGACAUUCCACGGAUGAGAAGAAUUAUAUUUCCUCGGCUCUUGAAGCUAAUGAAUUUAACGAAUUUUUAGUGAACUAUAAGAUCAACAAACCGUACAAGAAAACAUAGGUCCUGAAAUUGUGUUAUCGAUGAUACAUCUAUUUCUUAUUUAAUGAUCGCCGAUGUAAGUAUAUGUAAAUAAAAAGUAUGUCGUUACAAAAUUAAUAUUCGAACUUUUUUGUGUGAUUUGUUGUUUUCACGUUAGUUCCGCAUCUCUAA